AUAAAAAGCUUAAUUAUAAUAAUAGAAAAAAGUAAUAAUGGGAAAGUGCUCUUUAUAACGAUAAAUUGCUGAAGUUUAUAGAGAAAAAAGAACUCUUAUCAACUCUAGUUAUACUCAGUGUGUCUAAAGAUCAUCAACUACAAUUCCUGAGAAGAUGUCGACGGUCACAGAGAUGAGAGUCCACAUGUGCUGUCCUGGAUGUGAAAGCAAGAUCAAGAAAACAUUAUCGAGGAUGAAAGGAGUGGAUGAAGUUGACAUAGACAUGGGCAUGCAAAAAGUGACAGUAAAUGGUAGCGCAGCAAAGAAAGUAUUGAAAGCAGUGAGGGGUACAGGGAGAAGAGCAGAAUUAUGGCAAUUCCCUUAUCAACCUGAACUUAGGAGUUUCACACAUCAAUACCCAAAUCAAUGUCAAAGCAAUGGAACAGCAGCGGCAGCAUAUUCUGGACAGCCUCAGCCAGCUUCAUCAUCUUAUAACUACUUCAAGCAUGGUUAUGACGGACAUGAAUCUCAUGGCUAUUAUAAUUUCAAUAAUCCUUCACAUUCUUCUUCAUUUGUUGGUGCAAGAAAUGGUGAUGCUUUUAGUGAUGAGAAUCCUCAUGCAUGUUCCAUAAUGUGAAAUCAAGGUCACCGCACCAAUGAAUUUAUUUGGAUCGUAUAUGUUCUUUUCUAUAGUUUAGAAAAAGCGAGUCCUAGUUGGGACCUUUCUUUUCUGGUAGGAUGCGCAUAUUCCAACUUGCCACCAAACUUGUUUAUUUUCCCUCCGUUUUUUAAUAGUUGUAUCGUAUUGUCAUUUGAAAAUAUUUACAUUUUCUAUUUUCACCCUAUUGUAUUAUGUGUACAUCAGGAAAAAUAUAGUUGAUCAUGUGAGUUCUUGUUAGAUAUGUACUCCCUCUGUCUCAUUUUAUAGUUCUUGUUUCAUUUUGGACACAAGAAGUAAGCAAACAAUGAUUAUGAUGUACUUGCAUAGGGAGUUGUAUUUUUGGAGUUAUUGUCAUUGAAAAAUGAAAAAAAAAAAUGAAAAAAGUAAAUGGAUGGACAUGUGAAAUGAGGAGACAGAGAGUAAAAAAUGAUUUUUGAUAUAUCUAACCAAUGAGAUUGAAGGAACAUUAAACAAGUGUGUCAAAAACCCAUGGGAAAAGGUGGAGAAAGAGUAAAAUAUGAUGUUUUUAAAUGAACAUAAGGAAAAUGGGAACAAUAUUUUAUGACACUC